UGAGCGCCUCCGUCAGUCUCGCGAAGAUAUUCCGGGAGUCAACAGGUGCGUAGGAGCAGAGCCUCGGACAACGUCGUCUCCUCUUCGGCUUCUCUUUCACGACACCCCGCUCAUUGCUCUCGUGUUCCGCCUCCUUCUCGUCUUCGAGCUUUUCUUGGGAAGGGAUCCGCCGGUAACCGUGACGUUUUCCGAGAGAGAUACGCGACGGGGUCGCUCGCGUGAAUUUUCGCGGAUCAUGCGGUCCUAAGAGGCGGAAAAAAUAGGGUGACGAAGAAGAAGAAGGAGCUUCAUUCGGCGCACUUGGUGUCUCCUCCCAGGACGUUUUGCAUUUUUUGUUUCCUCUUGGAGACUGCUAGGAAGAAGAUUUAGGAGACAUGACGACGACGAGGAGACUCGAGACUACUUUGCUUCUGUUUCUCGCGAUCUUGGCGUUGGGCACGUGCGAUGGCGAGCUGCCGAGACCGAGCUACACCCGUACGAUACUGAAGGUCUCUCGCAGUCUCCCGGGCGAGACAGAGGAACUUAAAGUCCGCACGAGCGAGGGAAACCUCGCCACUCUGAUCGUAAAGCGACGAGACAAAUCGUCAAUCAGCUUCAACGAUUCGAAGCUGACACUGAAACCUUCUCAGGAAGAAUCGAGCCCCACUGUGGAGAAAAAAAACGACUUCUCAAAGCUGGACGACGAUGGAAACGACGCCAAGAAGAAGAACGAAGUCAGGAGACUCGAGGAGGCCCAAGUGGAGCAGAUCAGAGCGACAUUCUCCAAAUCCUCCGAAACAAAGGAUGACAAGGUCGACGUCAGUCAUGUGGACAGAAAUCAACCCGCCAGUCUGAUCGAUUACGGAAAUUGGACGCCGUUAGACGUGGACGGCAGAGCUUUGAAGCAGGAACAAGCGAAAGAUGAGGAAGACAAGGAAGUGGAGGAGUAUCGAAAUUGGAAACCGCUGCAGACGACCCCGGGAACUGAUAGCGAGGACAGAACGAGCUACGACAAGUUCAACGAGGCCGGAUUCGCCGGUGGAAUCCUGCUCGCCCGGCACUUCCAGGAUCGAACUCAGAGAAACUUCGAGGAUCAUGGCGGCAAGAACGAACGGGCUCUUUAUUACACGUACGUGCCGAAUCAGUCUCGACCGGUGACGAGAACGAACAUCGGCGCGAACUUGUCGAAGAACCGAGACGGCAAGGCCGUGCCGCCAGAAGUAAUCGUCAGAUCGGAGAUCAAUGUAAAGGCGGUGCCAAAGAGAUCCGCUAUGUCGUUGGACAACGAUGGCACACCGGUGAUCCAUGGCACGAGGGUGCCCGACGAGCCCAUAGACCAAGUACAGACCUGGCGGAACGCUCGGGUUAUCAACAACAAGUUGAUAGCCGAGAAUAGCCCGACGACCACCGUCGAGCCCACCGUCGGAAUCCCGUAUUCCAGUGACAGUGCGGAGAAGAAGCUGAGGUUCGAGAAAUUCUUCAAAGAUGUCAAUCGAAGGUACGGGCGCAACUACGACGAGGAAGGCCGUAAUGUUUACUUCGAGUGGGAUCCGAGAAACUACAAAAACGAAGCUCUGAAUGCGGAGGUGUAUGAGACGCGCAAUGAUCAGUACCGCGCAAGUGUUCACAAGCGGAUGCUACACCCGGACAGCAUCGCAAACUACCCUAUCUCGCAGCGUUACACCCCCAGUAGCCAGACAAUCGCACCCGUGGCCUUGAAACCGGGCGCACGAGCGCCAGUUCUCCAGUAUGCUCAUCCUGAGUUAGGCGUACAGCCGGCUAAAAUCCUGAAGAACGAGAAACGCCGGCCGGACAACUUCCCAGAGAAUCAGCACUCCUUCACUGAGCAGCGUCACAAGAAGAAAUACGUGCUGAACGAUAAGAACAUCGUGGACAGUUAUACCACGAAGAACUACUAUCCGAACCAGUACUUCUACGGGCUCAAGCGGCCGAACGAGCCACCCUUCUGGGUGAAGAUCUCGGAGAACCUGAAGAACCAGUUCUCCACUGGCGUCGAGCGGGUCUCACAGUUCACCAGGCCGGUGAUCGAUCCGCUGGUGGAGGCCACCCACAAGAUCUCGCAGAAUCUCGGCCUGUCUAAGGGCAAAGAGGCUCAGGACAAGAUCGGCACGGUGACGUCGGGCACUAGCAUUCUGAUACCGGCUCUGGGUCUCGUCGCGUCCGGUGCUGCGCUCGGCAUUGGCGCGGUGGCGGUUGGUCGAUAUCUCGACGUGGAUGUUCUGAAGCGUUCCACCACGGAUGACAUCGAUCUGGAGCACAAGCGAGCCUUGGAAGCAGCCGGAACGAACUUGAGGGUUAUCACGGAGAGGAACGCGAGGCUAAACGAAGCCACACCACAGACUCUGUACGUUUUGCAGAACGUACCAACACGUGAUGACAAAGUGGAGGACGAAGGUGCGAGUUCAGUGGAAAGCGACGGGGUCUUCUUGAUUCUCGAGGAGGAUAGACAGAACGCUGAGAGGGUAGAGAAUCGAGAUAGCAGGCAGUUGGUGGACGAGAAGGACUACGUGGAGACUAGUGGACGCAGGAGGAGGAGCCUCGACUACCUCGACAUCUUCAGAGCAGAGACCGACACGAGGAAUCUCGUGCGCAGCAAGCGCUUCCAGCGGAAAGGCGCUGAUUCCAUCAGUGAAAUUGUGGAGAUUGACUUGCCCGACCAAGGACCCAUCGACAUCACCGAGUUCUUGCUCCCGAGGAGGAACAAGGAGCGAGAUGCGAGUAAGAACACCAUUCUAGUCGUAGAGGACAGCUCGGCGAAAGUCCCUUCGGGAAAUCACGGCUUGGAUGUGUCAGAUCAACAGAACACAUUGGAGAAUAGUGCCAGAGACGGUGUUGAUGACUCGCGGAAUGCGGCCUUAGUACUCUCGUUGACGAGAGACGGCAGACAACGUAGAUUAGGCCAAGAGAUCGAUGACGCUCUCUCGUUGCUGGGAGAUACGUCGCGGAUUCUCAAACGUAAUCUCGCGAAAGGAACGGCAAACGGCGGAGAGGUCGCGCAGGGGUCGGCCGGAACGAUCGAUACGGACCACAACAGGCGGCGAAAGCGAAGCGUCGAGCGCGACCAUGAACUGGAGGACGCGCUGCAGAACUUGGAGAACGCGGAGGUGGCCGAGGUCGCUCACGUUCAAGGCGACUGGACGAACACACCUUGCGCAAAGAGGAUAUUCUGCGACACGAUGGUGCAAAGAGGACCCGACGCCGCGAUGUUCAUGGAAAAAAAAAUGGCUUCGCUACUGAGACUAAUCCAGCCGGGAGCAACUGUUCACGUGUCCAGCCACUUCGAAGAGGUCAUGCAGGCCAUCAGGAGACACGACUGUUCUAGCUUCCUGUGUCCGCAGGCGAGACCGGGGAACAUCUUCUUCUAGGCACGCGGCAACGAUUUUCAACAUCAACUAAACGAAGGAUCUUGGAUGUACAAUCGAAAAUUUAAGCGGCAUAACAUGAGAUAUAGUUAUACACUGAGAAAGAAAAUACUUGAUGAUUUAUUUAUAGGGGAUAUAAAGCAUUUUCACAGAAAUAAAGUUUAUUUUACAGAAUAAAAUUUCACAGAAAUAAACUUUAUUUCACGGAAGUAAAUUUUAUAUCCAAUAAAUAAAUUUCCAAGUAUUUUUUUCUCAGUAUAUAAGUACGUGAUUUAAUUAAUAAAUACAUGGGAGGAAAAGGUGUUUGGGCGAAUUAACCUGACAAUGAACGAAUCAAAGGCGUUUUGAUUAAAGGAAACAGAAUUUCUGGUUCUUAAAAUCGAAUAUAAUUUAUAAAAUCUACGGCAAUUCUGUUUCUUUCAACCGAAACACGUGCGGUUUAUUCAUGUUCAAGUUAACUCAAUUAAACUUCCUUCUCCGUGUAGUAUACGUGUAGUGUAGUUUUUAUAUCGCAUAAAGCAUUAAACAUUUCGAUAGCAAUACGAAUCUUCUUCAGUAUCGAAUAAAAUAAUAUCGACUUAUAUUACGUAGUUUUGGGCAGUGUUGUUCUAAUUUUUCUAUUUGAUACUAAAGGAAGUAUGAGGCAGAUUCGAAUUUUAUUGCUUUGUGAUGGUUAAUUCCACGUUUUAUUUGUUAAUUUCGUUACACACUUGUAGCUGCACCUUGGACUUUCGUUGACUCUCACAUACAAUUGCGAUUUUCAACUUAGCUACUCGCGUACAGAUGUUGUAGAUGUUAACGAAGUCAAGAUGAGAAAUUUCUACUAAAAAUCCGAAGGAGAGCAUUUUCUACGCUUCGUUCAUUCGUAUACGCAACGAUUUCAUGAACUAUAACAUGUUCUCGUCGAAUCGGCAUCGAGCCGAAACUGUACAUACUUGCCAUCGAGGCGACAUUAUUUAAUGUGCAUUCGUACUAUUUAGAUGAUAAAGUAUAUAUAUAUAUAUAUAUAUAUAUAUAUAUAUAUAUAUACAUUUCUCUCUCUAUAUAUAUAUAUAUAUAUAUACUUAUAUAUAUAUAUAUAAUAUAUAUAUAUAUAUAUAUAUAUAUAUAUAUACACAUAUAUACACAUACAUAUAUAUAUAUAUAUAUAUACAUAUAUAUACGUACAUAUAUAUAUAUGUAGAAUUUAGGGGAAAAAAUGAAAGUUUUGGCGGAAGGUCGAUUGAGUCAUUUGCUGCAACUUCUGAGUUCACCGUAUUGUAGUGAUGUACAAUAAUUAUUCAGUGAACACUUCCGCUAACUGCUUCCGCCAACUUCACCUUAUGUUAAUAGUGGAGACCGGGUUUAGUUGACCCAAGGAAUAUGUCAGCUAUGUGUUUUAUUUAUGUAUUUGUCAUGAGAGAAAUAGUUGAAACGAUAUUGCAACAUGUACUCUUUAGAACUUAAGUACCUUCACCUGAAUUUCAUUAAAAUCGGAAUAAUAUUACAGUUAUAAUUAUAAAAAUUGAAAAAAUUGAUUUAAAAGUAACCAAGUACAUUUUUGAGAAUGCUGAAAUUUGGUAUUAAUAUUCUCUAUCGUGAGCAAAUAAAAUAAAUGACGUGUUAUUAUUUAAAAUUAAGUUCUCUGCAAGUGUAUGAUUUACUCUUUCGGGUAAUAAAAGCAAUUUUCAUUCAUAAAAUUAAAUCAAGAAUAUAGAUGAACUAAAUAAAAUUGUUCGUUAUUUAAAGGCUAAGUGGUAAACCUCUCGUGGAGACUUUAGAACUACUAAUCUCAGAACUACUAAAUAUGUUGGCAAAUUAUAUAUGAUGAUACUUGAUAUAUGAUGGUCAAGCCUUUCUGUCGUCCAAUAUAACAAACAAUCAAACAAUAUUUUAUAUAUGACCUUCUUACUAUAAGUUGCCAGCCAACUUAUAAUAAAUCCGAUACGAGAACAAGAUGGAUACAUUCUGUUCGAGUUUUAGUUAUUAUAGAAGAGAAAUAUAUAGUUUAGAGAGAGAAUAGUUACGAACAUAAAAACACAAAGAAACGUUGUCUCCAUUAUGUUUCUAGAAAUAAUCAUAACAAUUAGUUGUGUGAGAAGUUGUAAUUUCAGAAAUCUGAAAAAUAUACCAUCUGAUCCCGGUCUCCUCUACCGAACAAUGCAUUCCGUUUCAAUAAAGUGUUUCGUGUGCCUAAAUCAAGCACAAUUGAGCUCGAUGUUGGAAAUUAGAAGCGAUUAAAAAAAAGUACACGAAACUUAUUAAUUUACAAGCGAAGUCACCGUCAGUAUGUUUCUUACGAAAAUAUAUUGAUUUCUGCCUUUUUGUACACGUAUGACAUUUCGUGUAUGUAAGUAAUAAAUAUUUUUUAUGAUAUUA